AUGUCCUUGCGCCGCCGCGCCGGGAAACGCGGCGAGUCGGAUCCUGCAGGAUGUUGCUUUGGAUCAGGAUCCGGAUCAGGAUCCGGAUCAGGAUCAGGAAUGAGGGUUUUACUCCAUUGGAAUGGGGAGGAAAACCGGGAAUGUUCCCAGAUCUACAGCUCUGGGACCCUCAGUGCUGAGGAAAUUUGCAUUGACCUGGCCCAGAAGAUCGGAAUCACCCCCUUGUGCUACAACCUCUUUGCCCUCUACGACCCCCAGAGCAGGAUCUGGUUCCCACCCAACCAUCUCUUCCAUAUUGGAAGAGACACCAACUUCCAGUUGGUCUUCAGGAUGAGGUUUUACUUCCGGAAUUGGCACGGGAUGAACGAGAAGGAACCGGUCGUUUAUCGCAACGUCCCCAGACCCAACGAUUCCCAGGAUGAGAAGCAACCAGGAAGGUUUUUGUUGGAUUCAGCCUCCUUUGAGUACCUUUUCGAGCAGGGGAAGUUUGAUUUUAUCAACGACGUGGUUUCCCUGAAGGAUUUUGGGAGCGAACAGGAAGUGCAGAGGUUCAGGAGUGACAGUUUGGGGAUGGCCCUGCUCCACCUCUCCCACCUGGCCCUCAGGAAAGGGAUUCCCCUGCAGGAAGUGGCCAGGAAAUACAGUUUCCAGGACUGCAUCCCUCGUUCCUUCCACCACGAGAUCCAACACAACAGUUUCCUCACCAAGCUCAGAAUCAAGAAGGUUUUCAAGAAGUCUCUCCAACAAUUCCAGCUCCCCAGGGUGAUCCCAGAGAACUUGACCCCUCAAUCCAUCAUGUACAAAUACUUGGCCACCCUGGAACUUCUUGCCCCACGUUUUGGGAAGGAGUUUUUCCCUGUUUUCACCUUGGAAACCUCUUUUGAGGGGGAGAAGGUGCCUUCCUACCUCAACCAGGGACAUUCCCAACUGGAGCAGGUGCUGCUGGAUCAACCCAUCACCCAUGAAGUCCUGGUCACUGGAACCACUGGGAUCCAGUGGAGACCUGUGCCUGGGGAGGAAGUGGUUCUGCCAUCUCCUGGAAGUGCCCUUUCCUUGGUUUCCCUCUUGGAUGGGUAUUUCCGCCUCACGGCCGAUUCCAACCACUACUUGUGUCACGACGUGGCUCCACCACGACUCCUCAUGAGCAUCUUGAAUGGAAUCCAUGGUCCCAUGCAGGAGGAAUUUGUUGUUGCCAAGUUACGACGGGAAGAGGAAGAGGAAGAGGAAGAGGAAGGACUUUACAUCAUCCGUUGGAGUGUCUUGGAUUUCAACAGGAUGAUCCUUUCUGUUCCUGGCACUCCAAGGUCCCUCAAGCACCGACAGUUCCGGAUCCAAAAAAAGGGCAAUUCCUUCGUGCUGGAAGGGUGGGACAGGGAGUUCCCCACCUUGAGGGAACUCCUGGAUGUUCUCAAGAGCUGCACCCUCACCUUUGGAGGCGAGAACUUCACGGUGAAGAGAUGUUGUCCACCCAAACCUGGAGAGGUCUCGGAUCUGCUGGUCACCUGGAAGGUGAAGGAGAACUCCAAGCAGAUCCUGGACCUGACCCAGCUGAGCUUCCACCAGAUCCGCAAGAACCAGAUCACUCAGCAAGCCCACCUGGGUCAGGGCACUCGUACCAACAUCUAUGCUGGGACCUUGAAGGUCUCUGGGGCUUCUGGGACUGAAGAUGAUGUGGAACCCAACAAUAAUAGCCAGGAACUUCACGUGGUCCUCAAGGUCCUGGAUCCCAGUCACAGGGACAUCACCCUGGAGGAUAAAAACCUGGUCCAUGGAAAUGUCUGUGCCAAGAACCUCCUGGUGGCCAGGAAAGGGUUGGAAGAGGGAUCAGCUCCCUUCAUCAAGCUCAGUGAUCCUGGUGUCAGCUUCACUGUGCUCUCCAGAGAAGAACGUGUGGAUCGGAUCCCUUGGAUCGCCCCGGAAUGUCUGAAGGACACGAGGAACUUGAGCACAGCUGGGGACAAGUGGAGCUUUGGGACCACCCUGCUGGAGAUCUGCUUCGAUGCUGACGUGCCCCUCAAGGAGAGGACUCCUUCUGAGAAGGAACGUUUCUACGAGCAGAAGCUGCAGUUGCCUGAGCCCUCGUGCAGGGACCUGGGGCUCCUGAUCUCCCAGUGCCACCAGUAAGCCCUGGGGGAACGUCCCUCCUGCAGGAGCCUCCUGAGGGACCUGACCCGGCUGCAGCCUCGGGAGCUCGUGGCCGUGGUGUCCGUGACUCCCGAGUCCCCAGCAACAGAUCCCAGUGUGUUCCAGAAACGCUACCUGAAGAAGAUCCGGGAGCUGGGGGAG